AUGACAGACGCCACCCGCUGGAAAGCCACAGUCUACGUCGGAGGCCUAGCCCCGCAAGUGACCGUCACAACGCUGCAAGAAGCCUUCCUGCCCUUCGGCGACAUCGCCGAUGUGUCGCUCCCCAAAAAUGAGAACCCCAACUCAACUGAACCGCACCGAGGGUUCGCGUACGUCGAGUUUGAGGACGCCGAGGACGCGAAGGAGGCCAUCGACAACAUGGACCAGGCCGAGCUGUUUGGGCGAGUGAUCAAGGUGUCGGCGGCCAAGGCGCCGAAGAGUGCCGGGGUGCAGUUAGGCGGGAAGACUGCUGUCUGGGAGCAGGAGGGUUGGCUUGCUGAGCAUGCUGUUAGUGAGGAGGACAGGUUGGCAACAGAUCAGGCUCAGAACGCACGGCCAGAAGAUCCGAUGCAGGGUCUCGAGGGGCUGGAUGUUCUUGGGCCAAAACAGGAGUGA